GCCAAAAAAAAUCGAAAUCCCUAGAGAGAAGAAGAAGGAAAAUGUCGAGUAUUCUCUUCCUGGCUCUCCAAUGUUUCGAAUGCUCAACGAUGCAGGUGAAGCAGAAGAAGAAAAGCAGCAACAACUGGAUCUGCGUGGUUUGCAAUCAGAAGCAAUCAGUGCGGAAAGUGUUCGCUCAGGGCUACAAGGCCAAGGACCUCCGUCUCUUCGUUCAAUCCUUCAACAUGUCUCGUAAAGUCGCCGACGAGGAGAAGCAGGAGGUUGAAGACGGUGAGGAGAUUCGAGGUAAGAAUAAGCGAUCUGAUUGGAGUGAGUACCUCGAUUCCGAUCCACCUAACGAACGGCGGAGUUUAACUGUAGAGGAAGACGGCCAAGAAGAAGAGGUGAAGAUUGUGACUGAGAUUCCUCCGAACGAGAUGUUCAAAAGGCCCAAGCUGAACAGACACUCUAACGUUGGUGGUGGGCCUUCUUCAUCAGCUAAAGGAGGCGUUAAUAGAGGCGAUAACAAGCCCUCCUUCUCUAGGCGCAGCAUCCAAAAGCAAGAUAGUGUUAUGAACCGGGAGAGUGAUAUCGAACGGGGGAAACUAGAGCCGGCAAGAGUUACUAAGCCGGCUUCGAAAUGGGACGCUUACUUGACAGAUGACGAGGGUGGACACCAAGCAGCAGCAGCAGCAGCAGCAGCAGCACGGUUUAGUGGCAGAGAAGCUGUUGGAGAAUGGGACAAACCAGUUACGGAUGUAAGUUCGGAUUACCAGAUUGUAGAUGACGAGGUACAUCCAGAUUUCUUGUAAUCAGAGAGCUUAAUUUUGCUGAUUAUUAGAAUGAACAGUAGAGACUUGAAUGAGUUAAAUCA